ACACUCAUGACAUUUCCCACAAGACGAAUCGAUAAAAUUUUCUUGCAAAGUAUAUUUUUCUUUCCAACAAAAAAGUGAAAAUUAAAAAAUUAACUGCGUAUCUCAAACAAAUUAAUAAAAAAAAAUUAUUUAAUAAAACAAAACUGCAUCUACCUUGAAACCACAAAAAAGAAAGAAAAAGAAAUAAUUUCUUUGGUUUCCAGUUUUUUUUAUUAAUUUGUCGUAUAUGUCUAACUUUACAAAACGAUAAUAGAAGAAAAAAAACUAUAUACAUAAUCUCGUCGUCGUCGUCAUUCAAAAACCAUUCAUUAAACAAUGGUGAGUACAAAUCUGGUGGUGCCAGUUGUCCUCUGGGGACCAACAGCACCAACACACUGUGUCUCCAGUGUCUACUUUUCCGAUGAUCAAACAAUUCUCGUCACUGGCUGUUAUGAUGGUCAAAUUUGCUUGUGGCAAGUCGACCCAACCACAAUGAAAAUGACACCAAGAUGUCUUCUAGUUGGCCAUUCUGCUCCCGUCCUCUGUCUAGCUAAAGCAUCAAUUCUUGCUGACAGUAACUUCCUUGUCAGCUCUUCGGAAAACGGUGAAAUGUGCACCUGGGAUUUGGUCGAUGGCAAGUGCACUGAAAGCAUUAAACUUCCUCAAGUACACACAAACAUUCAAGCCUAUUUGAUGGCCAACACAGACGGCGUUCGAUUGUUUUGCAAUGGCUACUAUCCCGAGAUCAUGGUAAUGGAUCCAUUUAGUUUGGAGGUAAUUUUUGUUCUCAGUUCCAAGGUUAAACCAGAUUGGAUAUCUGCUUUGCAUGUCUUGAGGCCAUCGAAGCGCAAGGAUGAUGUUGUCCUUGCCAUUACUACAACAGGAACUGUCAAAGUAUGGACUUUGAUUGGCAAUGAGAAUAAAUACUCGGAACCAAUUUAUGAAAAUGAAUCGAAAGAGAUUCGAUGUCUAAAUGCAAUAACUUUAAAUUGUUGUUCUACGAAUCAAAGAACUGUAUUGAUUGUUUGCACUAAAUAUUGGCAGAUUUAUGAUGCUGGAGAUUUUACUGUCUUGUGUAGUGUUAUCUCACCACCGAGAGAGCGUUGGCAAGGUGGAGAUUUCAUCUCAUCGGACAGGGUUAUCCUGUGGACAGAUGAAGGAAAAGGCUAUUUGUACAAGCUACCUGCAAACUGCAUUCCCGACAAUAAGGAAUUCCAUUCGAAAUCAGUUGUCCGAGAUGCCCCAUAUCUGUAUUGUGUAUUCUCGCAACCUGGAGAGAAAAUACUCUCCUGUCCACCAGCAAUGAAACUCAUUCAGAGGACUCAUUUGUUGCGAGGUGAUUCAGAAGGUUUGAUAACAGUUUGGUCAAUUCCAGAUUUGCCUCUCGAUAAUAUUAGUAUCAUGCAAGCCAAGCAGAGUCCUCCAAGAAGUCUAAAAUCGAGUGUCUGUACAAGUUUGAUUGAAGCUUGGUCAAUGAUGGAUCCUCCUCCAGUUGGCAUUCUCGAUCAAUUAAGUCGCAUUACAGAUGUUCCUGUCAAACUAACGUCCAGUAUCUAUCUUCCUCAACAGAGUCGUCUGGUAAUUGGACGAGAAGAUGGUUCAAUUGUUAUUGUUCCAGCAACUCAGACAGUAAUGUUACAAUUGCUGGUAGGAAUUCAGCAGAAUUUCAGUGACUGGCCAUCGCAUCAGAUUUUAGCCGGACAUCGUGGUCGUGUGAAUUGCUUGUUGUGUCCAUCACUCGCACAUACACGUUAUGAAAAAGCACACUUGCUCAGUGGAGGUGUUGAUUUUGCAGUUUGCUUAUGGGAUCUGUAUAGUGGAAAUCUUUUGCAUCGGUUCUGUGUGCAUGCGGGAGAGAUAACCCAAUUGUUGGUUCCACCAGAUAAUUGCAGUGCUAGAAUACAAAAGUGUAUUUGCUCUGUGGCCUCUGAUCAUUCGGUGACUUUGUUGAGUUUGCAGGAGCGUAAAUGUAUCACAUUGGCUAGUCGUCAUUUGUUCCCCGUAGUGACUAUAAAAUGGAGGCCAUUAGAUGACUUUCUGAUAGUUGGUUGUUCAGAUGGAACAGUGUAUGUAUGGCAAAUGGAAACUGGACAUUUAGAUCGUGUUCUCCAUGGAAUGUUGGCUGAAGAAGUUUUAAUGGCAUGUGAUGAGCAAGCAAAUUCUGAAGAAACACAAUCGGGAUCAACAUCCGAGAUGGGCUUAGCUAAUCCAGCUGUGCAUUUCUUCCGAGGGCUAAAGUCUCGUAAUCUCAAUGCUAUUCGGCAUGCAACUCAACGAGGAAUUCAUCAGUUGCAGCAAUUGCAUUCCAGUCAUCAUGGAGAGAAUUCAUUCCUAAUGAAGCAUCGUAGUAGUCCACUUAUAAUUCAGGGAUUGCGAACCAACCCAAAAGAUGCUGAAAGUCAUAUUUUAUUCUUUGAUAUUGAGGGAUUGAUAUUUGAAUUGCACAGCGAGGAAUAUGCAACAUUGAGUCCAGAAGCUUUGGCUGAAUUGGGUUUGGCUUUUGCUGCACAAGGAGCUCAAUCAGCUCAAUUGGAUGCAUCCAAGAAGAUUUCAGACUUCUUUGGAAAAGUCAAAAACAAAGCUGGUGAUAUGGAAAAGAUUCUCAAGGACAAAGAUAAGCAUGGUUUCUUGCAGAAAGUUAAAGAAGGUGCCGAGAAUAUUGAGAAAAAAGUUCAGGCCAAAGUAGAGAGUCUUCAUAAAGUCGUUGAAGUUAGUGAUGAUAAAACGGAAGAGAAUAGUCGCAAAAUUGUUUCCAAAAUGGAGGCAACACAUGUUAUGGAAGUGGCACAAUUGCUAUUGUCAUUGUUGCACUCAUGGGGACUUGAUCCGCAUUUAGACAAAGUAUGCGAGUCUCAAUUGGGUCUACUCCGACCAAUGGUGCCGAUAUCGUUUGGAGUACUAUCCAAGGCUGGUUAUAUGUCUUUGUUGCUGCCAACUUGGCAGAAUAAUUUCCAAAUAUCCGACGACAUGUUGAUGAUUCCGGCUGCAGAGUUGAAAAAAUUCCAAGGUAUUCCACCAGAAUUGGCUCGUCAACAGAAACUUACACACAUUUUCACAUCUCGCCUUCAUUGGCAGCUAAGUACAACUCUUACAUCGAAUCACAUACUGGCUUUGGUGGCAAUGUCCAAUACACUUAUGUCAAUGCGUUCGGCUUCAUUCCUGCCGGAGAGUGAAAAGAGCAAGAAAUUACAACGUUUGGCUACUCGUGCCGAUUCAGUUUGGUCCAAUGACGAGGAACGUGAAGAAAUCAUAAACACUCAUAUGACUCAAAUUAAGCAGGGCUGGAGCCUCCUUUCAACUCAUCAUUGUUUCUUAUUACCCGACAAGAUAGACGCUCUUGAGCCGAAGAAUUUCAAACGACCUCAAGUCGAGGCAAUGGCUAAACGUUGGCAGCAUCAUUGUAUUGAGAUACGAGAAGCAGCUCAACAGAUUCUGUUGGGUGAAUUGACACGUAUGGGUAAAAAGGGUCGCAAGCAAUUGGUUGAAAAUUGGGCCCAAUAUUUGCCACUGUACACACAUUCUGAACCGAUUGUACAACAGCAACCACUAAUGUCGGCAGCAAAUGCUGGUGGUGGAGCAGCUGGUGCACCUGGGGCGAAUACAGGUGCUGCAAUGCAAUCUACAGAACCUCAAGAUGAAGACUACGAGGAAGAAGAGGAGGAGAUAAUUAGAAAACCGGCAAGUUUGGCAGAACUGAAGCGUAAGCAAAAUACUGCAGUUAUUCUAUUGGGUGUUAUUGGAGCUGAAUUUGGUCAAGAUAUUUCGCAAGAUAGCCCCAAGUCAGGUCCUGGUAAAUCAGCAACCGGUGAGCGUCGAAAGAGUUCUGUCGUGGAAGGAUUUGGAAUAGCAAAUAAUCUAGCACGUCUAACAUCGAUGGCAUUGGCACAUUUGCUAUAUGCACCACCAUCGGCUAAAUUGCCCCAAUAUACGCCAUUGCGUCGGGCAGCUAUUGAUCUUCUCGGACGCGGCUUCACAGUGUGGGAACCUUAUCUUGAUGUUAGCAAAGUCCUGUUGGGUUUGCUGGAGAUAUCAUGCGAUGCUGGUAAAUUGGUGCCAAAUUUGAAUUACAAACUGCCUCUGACUCCACAGGCAGAUGCCUGUCGCACAGCCAGGCAUGCUCUUCGCUUGAUAGCAACAGCCCGACCAGCAGCAUUCAUAACAACAAUGGCUCGUGAAGUGGCUCGCUACAAUACAAUGCAGCAAAAUGCACAAACAAUCAAUGUCCCACUGACUCAGUCGGUGUUGUACAAGGCCAAGGGUGAGAUUCUUCAAUGUGUCGAAAUGCUGAUUGACAAAAUGCAGAGCGAGAUUGCUAGUCUCCUAGUUGAAGUGAUGGAUAUUACUUUGCAUUGUGUGGAUGUCAACGAGCUGAAGAACCGUGGCCUCAACGAAGUAUUCCCAAGCAUUUGCAAAUUUAAUCAAAUUUCACACUGCCCACAGAGUCGUCGUAUAUCGGUCGGAGCCAGCAAUGGGCAUCUUGCAAUCUAUGAGUUGCGUCAAAAUAAAUGUCAAAUGAUUCCAGCUCAUACGCAUCAAAUAACUGCUUUGGCCUUUAGUCCCGACGGCAAAUACUUGGUCAGCUAUUCGUGCAGCGAAAAUCGUCUAUCUUUCUGGCAGACUAGCACCGGAAUGUUUGGUCUUGGACAGUCACAGACUCGAUGCACAAAAGGUUAUUCGACUGCACCCAUUCCUGAUGUUGUGCGUUUGAAUCCAAUGCGUUUGGCUAAAUUGUAUUGGAUAAAUAAUCGAACAGUUAGUCUGAUGUUGGCUGAUGGUUCAGAAACCAGAUUUAAUGUCUAAAAAAAUCAAAAUUGUAUCUACUUUUUUCUUGUUUUGUUUUUUUUUUAAUUAUUUGUUUAUUUCAUUCCUUAUAGUAUUAGUAUUUGAAUAUGAUUGAAAAUGAAUAUUUUUUAAUGUUUUUUCUUUUUUAUUUAUAUUGAAACAAUAAUUGUUAUUCUCCACAAUAAUUAUAUAUAAUAAAAUGUUAAUGUUUUACGUGUUUAUCUAUCUAUCGAAAAAUUUCAACAACAACAACUGCAAAAUAUAUAUGUAUGUAUCUAACUAACUAAUGGCAAUCUAUCUUUAAUAACUUUGUUAAAA